AUGAUGCCGGGGCCUCGGAGAUUAGGUCUAGUGAAUCAAGAAACUGUAGGUAAAAAACUGUGUAACCGAGUAGAACCCACUAGAUCCAUGAAGAAAGUCCGGAUCAUCUGCAGUGACCCGGAUGCUACCGACUCAUCGGAUGAUGAAAGAGUCGGCCCGAUGAAGGUUAAGCAUAUUGUUCAUGAAAUUUGUUUUCCAAUUGGGGACUCUUUUCCCCAGCCCGAAGCCCCUGAAACAAAAACUUCUGGUCAGGAUAGCAACAAUUCUGCGAAAAACCCCAAGAGGAACAGGGUUUUGGGUCUAAAUGCGAGCAAUUCGAGCUCCAUUCCGGGGAAAUGCAGAGGUGUUCGACAGCGUAAGUGGGGCAAAUGGGCUGCAGAAAUUCGUGAUCCAUAUAAAGGAAGAAGGAUUUGGUUGGGUACGUAUGAUACUGCUGAAGCAGCAUCGAGGGCAUAUGAAAUGAAAAGACUAGAAUUUGAUGCUUUGGCUAAGGCUAAUAGCAUCGAGUCUUCAGAGAAAAGUUCAGAUUAUAAUAGCAGAAAUAAUGGUAUCAGGAUGGUUUCCAAUCUGGUUAGUAAGCAUAAUCAAAAUCAUGGUGUCAUUUGUCUCUCUAAUGAUUCAAGUGGAACCAUGGCAUCCCUUGCUUCACAGACUUCAAAGACGUCUCCAUCUUCAGUUCUAGAAAUGGAUUAUUUGACUUCAGCUUCUGCUUUCAGUUGCAAGUGUGAUGAUGAUAAGAAGGUCCAUAAUGUUAAUGCUUCUGAGCAGAACGAGGCUAAUUGGGGAUUAACAGACGAAGAUGUUUCAUUGCUGCUGCAAUUUGUAGAAGGGAUGGACUUAGAUUUGGAACUUGAAUCGCUACCAUUGGAGUGUGAUUCCGGGAUACCAAUUGAUGAUGACCUUCUCAGUGGUUUUCAAGAUCUUCCAAUCUGUGGGUUGGAAGAUUGUGAUCAACCUCCAUUGCCUGAUUUUGACUUCAAUUUCGACUGUGGUUGGAUGGAUGAAGUACCAACCCUCUUGAAUGGGUCACCAUUCAAUAUGCCAUUCCCGUAA